GCUCGUGGCAAUCACCCCAAUCUCUCCUGCUCAUGCUAGGCACAUGGAGCUGAAGGAGACUGCCCGUGACCACUCGGGAGUGCACAAUUUGGCCUUCCAGAACGACAGCGAAGAUGUGGAUGUUGUAAAUCAAGAAGGUCCUAGAGAUAGUUCACAGAGAAUCAAAAAUUCACAAAAUGAGAAAACUGUGAGUACUAAUCAGGGGGACGAAUACAUCAAUAUUGAGAGCGAUCAGCCCAAAACCAAACCUGACUCAGGAGAUGAGGAGCAACCACACAUUAAAGGGUGUUUUGAAAAGAAAUACGAUGAAGUGUGUGAUUUUUGCAAGAAACACAAAACCAGAAUUCAGUAUGUGAUCUAUGGCGUUUUAAUAACAGCAUACCUGGCAGCACUUAUUGCAGCCUGCAGCCUGAAUUUUCAGAGGGCCCUGGCACUCUUUAUCAUCACUAUCCUGGUCAUCUUCUUCAUCUGCUGGGAUUUUUUAAUAGCUAAGUAUGAAGACAGAAUUGCUGCAUUCUUUUACCCCGGAGAAAGACUUCUGAAGAAGCAGUGGUUUUGGCUGAAAUGGGUGCUGUGCGUAGCCCUCGUUAUCGCUGUCAUCUGCUGGCUCAUCUUUGACACAGCAAAACAGGGAUCCCGCCAGCUGAUCUCCUUCGGGGGGCUUGUGAUGUAUGUUCUCUUGAUGUUUAUCUUUUCCAAAUAUCCAGCCAGAGUUGCUUGGAGACCAGUAUUUUCAGGAAUAGGACUGCAAUUUUUUCUUGGGCUUCUUAUCCUGAGGACCAAAGUAGGGUUUGAUGUAUUUAACUGGCUAGGCGUUCAGAUCCAGACUUUUCUGGAGUACGCUGAUGCAGGCGCGAAGUUUGUGUUCGGUGAGAAGUAUACAGACCAUUUCUUUGCUUUUAAGGUCCUGCCGAUCGUAGUUUUCUUCAGCACAGUCAUGUCCGUGCUCUACCACGUUGGCUUCAUGCAGUGGCUCAUUGGAAAGGUUGGCUGGAUAAUGCAAAUUUUCAUGGGGACAACUCCUGUCGAGUCUCUAGUAGCUGCUGGUAACAUAUUUGUGGGACAGACAGAGUCUCCUCUCCUGGUACAGCCCUACUUACCAUACGUCACCAAAUCUGAACUCCAUGCAGUCAUGACAGCAGGAUUCUCAACUAUUGCUGGAAGUGUCUUAGGAGCAUAUAUUUCUUUUGGGGUUUCUGCCUCCCACCUACUGACUGCUUCUGUCAUGUCAGCACCAGCAUCGUUAGCCACCUCCAAACUAUUCUGGCCUGAAACUGAAAAGCCCAGAGUAACUCUGAGGAGUGACCUGAAAAUGGCAAAAAGUGAAUCAAAUAACCUACUGGAAGCUGCCAGUCAAGGUGCCUCCGCCUCCAUCCUGCUGGUGGCCAACAUCGCAGUAAACCUGAUCGCCUUCCUCGCUCUGCUGGCUUUCGUUGACUCAGCCCUCUCCUGGGCAGGGAAUCUGUUCGACUACCCGCAGCUGAACUUUGAGAACAUUUGUGCUUAUGUCUUCAUGCCAUUCUCCUUCAUGAUGGGGGUAGACUGGGAGGACAGUUUUGUUGUUGGUGGACUUCUAGGUUACAAAACUUUCUUCAAUGAAUUUGUGGCUUAUGAGCGCCUCUCAAAACUGAUUCACAACCGAGAAAAGGGCGGGAGCAUGUAUAUUAAUGGUGUGAAACAGUAUAUGACUGUUCGCUCUGAAACCAUUGCCACCUAUGCCCUUUGCGGCUUCGCCAACUUUGGCUCCCUGGGACUGGUUAUAGGAGGCCUGACAAGCAUCACUCCAUCCAAAAGAAAGGAAAUCGCCGGUGGUGCCUUCAGAGCAAUGAUUGCCGGGACCGUUGCCUGUUUCAUGACCGCCUGCAUCGCAGGAAUGCUGUCUGUCCCUGGUGUGGAGGUUCCCUGCCACAUUUUAUUAGGCAAUGCCUUCAACUCAACAAAUUUCCCGGCCAACAGCACAGCGCUAGUUGAAUGUUGCCAGGAAGUCUUCUCCAGCAUAAAUGAGUCGAAACCAAUCUUCUCUGGAGGAAACUACAGCCUGAGCUCCUGGAAAGCAUGUUGUCAAAUACUGGACCUACCUGCUUCUCAUUGCAGUUGAAUUAAGCCAUAAUUUGGAGUCAGGAUAGUUUAUAGUCUCUACCAUAAACAAAGAGUUGCUUUUCUUGGUGGAAAGGUAAUGAGAAAUGUCCUUUUCCACAAAAAGUGUGGAAAAAUUUGACCUUUAUUUCCCCUCUCACACAAGCCCAGUUCCUCUGACUUGCGUGGAAUCACUCCUAAAUUAAACUGGGAUAAAUGCACAAAAACUGAGACCUCUUGCUACAGAUGCCUUCUCCCACUACAGCUCAGAAAAGAAUGGGAAAAUUUUUAGACCAGUUUCUGAAUCUGAUUCUCCUGAUUUCAUUGCUACCCUCCAACAGUUGAAUCUAUAGUAUA